AUGUCGGCCUCCUACUUUUCCGAUGGUGCGCUGGCAACUGGAGCAGCACAAAUUGCUUUCUUGGCAGCUUUCCUAUCCAUCAUCAUCUUGAUACCUACGCAGAAAGACACGGCGCGUCUGAUGGGCGUGCUCAUUCUCGCUCUCUUGACCUAUGGUCUUCAAAUCGCAGUCUGCGGGUGGUGCGCAAAUCCCCACUGGCGCUCGGCGGCUGUACCUCUCUUCUGGAUCCAGUUCAUGAGUGCUUCAGAGUUGAUCCUGGUCAGAAAAUGGGCCGGCACGGAGCGUUCUGAUGCUGCAACGAAAGAAACGGCCGAGAACGCCUCAUCUCUCCCUUCCCAAGUCCGCAGAUCCCUGUCCCUGCUCUGGAGCCUGAGACGAAUCGGCACGGAGUGGCAGGUUAAACAUACUCCUGGAAACGGGGCUUUGCAGUCCGGGGGGACACAUGACCGGCUUUCUUUCAUCUCAAAGCGGCUGAUUACGACGUUGGCAGCAUACCUAGUCCUGAGCACCAUGUCGCAGGCCCCAUCUCCGGACCCGAGUCUCAUCAGCUCUCGAAAACAAGCGCUUCUGCAGGGUGUUGUGGAUCUGUCACCAGACGACGUGACAUUCCGCAUAAUCGGGACGAUAUCGUUUUGGAUAUGCACCGCCCUCAUUAAUCUGGUCAUGUACAACAGCGCCUGUCUCGCCUUCGCAUUCCUCGGACUGAGCGACCCGGACGACUGCCCUCCACUUUAUGGAUCAUUGAUCUCGUCAUACAGUAUUCGGCGAUUUUGGGGAGUCACAUGGCAUCAAUGCCUUCGCAGUGGACUCGCUGGACACGCUGACAUGAUUGCGAAUCUUGCCUUUCCAUUCCGGCAACGAAUGGUCUCCCGAUACCUGCGUCUGUUCAUCGCAUUCCUCCUCUCUGGUAUGAUACACCACAGUUCCGACAUUGCGAUGGGUAUCGCGCCGCAAGAAGCCGGCUCUUUACGCUUUUUCCUGCUCCAGCCCGUUGGCAUCAUUUUGGAAGAUUCGAUCCAAGGUGUUGCCUGUCGAUGGCCGGCCUUGCAACUCCCGCACACCUUCAAGGUUUCUCUCGGGUACUUAUGGACCUUGGCAUUCCUAGCUUGGUCCACUCCAACGUGGUUCUACCCACAGCAAAGGCUUGGAAUCGACUCGUCUGGACUUUUGCCUUUUCAUCCCAUUCUUCAGCUAAUUACCAUUCUUUUCACUUCACCUAUCACUACCCUCAUCGCCAGAAGCAGCUUCAAUUACAUUUACAGACUCAACAUGGCUGAAAAAAUCGGUUUCGAGAUAAUUAAGCCGGUAGCUGUGCUUCUGUCGCCAGCUUUCACCGCCGUAGUUGUCACUUGCACAUUUCUAUAUUACAUAUACCUAAAGGGGCUCCCCAAACCUCUUGCAGGCAUUCCUUACAACGAAAGUGCUGUAGGCAAGUUCAUGGGCGAUCUCUCUGAAUUCCAACAUGCUAGGACACAUGGGGAGGGCUUUACUGUAUGGAUGCGUGAUCUAGCCUCACGGCACAACUCCCCGCUGGUUCAAGUGUUUCUAGGCCCCUUUUCAGCACCGGCUCUCGUAUUGUUCGACUAUCGCGAGAGCUACGACAUCGUCGCGCGAAGAACCAAAGAGUUUGACCGUUGCCAGAGGGACGCGGAAACGAUGGCAACCAUUCUGCCUGAGCAUCAUCUCUCCAUGAUGUCGGCUGAUCCGAGAUUCAAAGGAAACAAGGAGCUGGUCAAAGACUUGAUGACGCCUUGGUUUUUGCACGAGAGUUCUGCGCCGGAAAUUCACAAAAACGCCAUCUCUCUUGUUCAGUUGUGGAACCUCAAAGCCAAGUGGGCACUCGACCAUCCAUUCGAUGCCCACCGCGACCUGCAAAAUUCGGCUUUGGACAUCAUUAUGGCGGCUGCCUUUGGGCAGGCUGAUGGCAACAGUGUCCUAUGGCAGCAUAUCACCCAGGAAGCGGGCCACAGACCUGUGACUGUGCCAUCAAACCAAGUAGAGCCAGUGAUUUUUCGAAAUCUCGGACUACCGGCGGACUACCAAGCAACGGUUGACAUUACCCACUUCAUGGGCCGAGUUGUCACUUCGCCUUUUCCGACUCAACAAGCCUGGUUGUUGAAGAAGUUUACCAAAGUAGGAAACGUCUUUACGGCAAAGGACCAGUUCAUCAAGAGUCAAAUUCAGAAGGCAGUCUCUAGGUUGGACGGCAAUGUGUCUGCAAAGGAUAAGGUUGCAAAGUCAGCUUUGGAUUACAUUGUUCUGCGGGAGGUUGCUGCCGCCAACAAAGCUGGAUGCAAGCCAACGCUUGAUUCCAAAAGAAUUGAGGAUGAGAAAAAGGUGGAAAAUGGAGGGCUGACGUUCGAAAAGCUCCUCGGGUACCUAGUUGCAGGACAUGAAACAUCUGCUUCUAUUCUGUCGUGGACGGUCAAGUUUCUAGCCGACAACCAAAAGCACCAAGAUACACUGCGGAAACAUAUUCAAGCAGUUUAUGCUAACGCUUUUCUUGAGAGGAGACCUCCAAACGAGGUAGAGCUCACAAAAAUGUCUGCUCCCUACCUAGACGCUUUCCUCGAAGAGGUCUUGCGACUUGCGCGUACGGCUUCUAUCUUGACCCGCCAGGCCAUAGCUGACACGACGAUUCUGGGACAUUUCGUGCCGAAGGGCACUAACCUCUUCCUCUUCACGCAAGGAGCAAGCUAUGUCAAGCCUGCGCUAGACGUAGAUGAGAACAGUCGGAGCAAAACGUCACAGGGAGCUAGAAUGGUGCGAGAAUGGCCUGUAAAUGACGUGGGUGAGUUCAGACCGGAACGCUGGCUAGUGUCUAGAUCAGGCAAGGAGGUUCUGGAUGAAGAGCUUCUCCAUUCGACGCAGGAUUGGGCGCUUUUUGGCUUCGAAUUCAACCCGCAAGCUGGGCCAAUGCUGACCUUCGGCGGUGGACCGAGAGGCUGCUUUGGAAAACGUCUCGCUUACAUGGAGUUAAGAAUGGUUGUUGCGCUACUUGUUUGGAAUUUCCAAUUCAAGCCGUGCGCUGAUGAGCUUAGCACCUAUGACUUGCGCGAAACCAUCACAGUUGAGCCAAAAUCAUGUUUUGUAAGGCUUCAGAAACUUGAGUAG